AUGCAAGAUAACCUCUUUUAUACAGUUCCACCUGGCGCAAUUGAGGCCUACAUGAAAGAAAUUGAAUCUCAUUUGCUUCAGUCUGAGGGAUCCACAUUUGACCACCGAUGGCAACUUGAUUCUAAUUUUCAAAGUGCCCAGAAGGAUCACUCAAGAAGGAGACUGGAUGCACAUCAGUUUGAUUCAAAUGGAAGCAGUUUGGCGUCUCAAAUGAGUAAUAUGUCCAAUCCAAAUAAGAUCAUGAAAUUACUAGUGCGUGAUUGUGAUCGUGGAAGGAAAGCCAAAGCAUUUAAGACCCCUAUUGGGCAGCCAGGGUCAGGAAGUCCAUGGUCGUUAUCUGAAGACCAGGCACUUGUUGUGUUGGUUCAUGAUAUGGGUCCAAACUGGGAGUUUAUAAUCAAUCCCAUACCAUAUUUCAAGUUAUUCAUUGAUUGGCUGCCUGACCUUAGUACCCUUGAUCCGGUUUUUGAAGGUGCAAACUUUCAGGUUCUGACAGCUCUAGCAACCUCCUUCCAUGCCCUGCAGCCUCUCAAAGUUCCUGCAUUUAGGUUAUUCUCUUAGGAAGGAAAUUGUCAAAGGAGAUUGUCAAAGAAGAAUUUAGUCAUGG